AUGGCAUCCAACGAGCCAUCCUCCCCAGGCCAUCAACCACAAGAUGCGACCUCCUCCGAAAUCUCCGUGGUCCCCGACUCCAACAAACCCCCGGAAACCCGAAGACACAGCCACCACCCCUCUAUCAGCUCCCGCCACUCCUCGCAUCAAGAAUACAUUGACUCCCUCCCCGUCCCACCCCCCUCAGAACUCGCACGCAUCGAGUCCGUCCAGAUCCAGAAAGAGGACGAGAAGACCCACCGCCAGAGUCUCGAUGCGGAUAGCUCGGACCAUCGUCGGCUUAGUGAGGGAGGGAGGGGAAGGAAUGCGGCUGCUGAGUUGAUACAACGAAAUUAUAGGGGGUACAGGGAACGUAGACAGAUGAGAGGCUGGGGACUGGAUCCGGGGAGUAGGUGGGUUGAGGCGUUUAAGGAGGCGAGAUAUCGGUAUUUGACGACGCCAAGGCCGAGGAGUAGUCUUGAUGAGGCUGCGUCCAGACCUGGCACAGCUGGGGGUGAUGAUAGUCCGGUGUCGGCUUCGGGGAAGCGGUUGAGUGGUGCUGCGAGGGCGAAUUGGACGAAAGUCGGCACGAUUGUGAAGAGGGCGGCGAAUGACGAGGAUUCGAGCAGUGAGAGUAGCGGGGAGGAUGAGACGGCGGGGGAGAUCCGGAGGUUGAGGGCUGAGAAGAAGGAGGAGAGGAUGAGGUCGGCGAAGACGAUGGAUUUGCAGUAUUGGCUGGAGAUGGUGGAUGUGAGGCAUCGGUAUGGGAGUAAUCUGCGGACGUAUCAUCAGGAGUGGCAGAGGGCGGAGACGAAGGAGAAUUUCUUUUAUUGGUUGGAUUAUGGGGAGGGAAGGCGGAUUGAGUGUGCGGGGUGUCCGAGGGAGAGGUUGGAGAGGGAGAUGGUCAGGUAUCUUAGUAAGGAGGAGAGACUGGAUUAUCUGGUUAAGAUUGAUGGGGAGGGGAAGCUCUGUUGGGCGAAGGACGGGGCAAGGAUCGAUGCGACUACCAAAUAUCGGGACAGUCUCCAUGGUAUAGUCCCAAUCGAUAGCGACGCCCCGAUGUUCAAACCCGAAGACGGCGACCACACCACAGAACCACCCCACGCCGGCUCCUCCUCGUCCUCCUCCUCAGACUCCGAAAAAGAAGCCGAGGCGCACCACUAUGCAACUGACAAUUUCGACAACGCGCGAGGCGUCAAGAAAGUCAAGCACGUCUCCCCCUCCACAAUCUUCAACAAGCUCCUCCGUAGCUCCGUCAAGAAGAACACCUGGAUCUUCGUCGUUGAUACCAAUUUCCGACUCUACGUCGGUAUCAAGCAGUCUGGUGCCUUCCAGCACUCGUCUUUCCUGCAUGGCUCGAGGAUAUCAGCUGCGGGGUUGAUCAAGAUUAAAGAUGGCCGCCUGGACAAGUUGUCCCCGCUGUCAGGGCACUAUCGCCCACCCGUCUCGUCAUUCCGCGCGUUCGUGCAUGCUCUCAGAGAAGGGGGUGCUGACAUGUCACACGUCUCCAUCUCGCGCUCCUACGCGGUGCUUGUGGGGUUGGAAGCGUAUGUGAAGACGCGGAGAAGGGGGAAGAGGGUGGUGGGGAAGUUGUUACAUGGACGGGGUAAGAUACUCAGUCCGGACGAGGUGAGGAAGAGGGAGGAGGAAGAGAGGGAUAAGAGUGAGAGUGCGGAGAGGGAGAGGAGGGUGCUGGAGUUGCAGAGGGAGGAGGGGGGGAGGGGGGAUAUGGGGCUUUUGAGGAGGUUGCAUAUUGGGAUUUCGCCGAGGGAGAGAAAGAGGGGUGAGGAGGGGGGUGAGUGA